AUGACGGACGUCGCGAGCAUACUGGACAACCUGAACCUGUCCGACUCGGAGGCGUCGCAGCUGGCUGAUGCCUUCAAGAAGGAAGAGUUCCGAAAGGAGUUCGCGACGUACAUGGAGUCCAUGUCUGACCCAGAGUACAAGAAGGAACAGGACGAGUAUCUCCGGCAGCUGGAGAUGCAGAACCGCAUUGCGGAGGUGUACGGCAAGGACGUGCAACUCAUCGAACCGAAGCCCAUGUUCGUUGCGAAGACCAAGGACGCGAAGUCGAAGCAGAAGGUCUUCAUCAACAUGACUGAGAACGACAAGGUCGACCCGCCGUCGUGCAAAAACCGCUGCUGGUCGACUCCGCUCCGGCUGGGCCCGAAGCGCGAGGGCGAGGACAAGCAGGGCGCGAAGUGCGUCGUCGUCGAUUUCGUGGCGCACCCGCAGGCGUACCAGCUCUCGGCGCGCAGCAAGGCCUUCCAGAACAUGAUCGUGGAAGCUGCCAUGGACGAGAUCGACAAGAACUACGACACCGCGCUCGAACGCAAGGGCUGGACGAUCCCCAAGAUGCAGUACAAGGGCUCCGAGGGAAUGGAAACGCCGCGGCCGCUCGCGGUCCGCGGCGCCGGCGGCGCGGACGGCUCGGCUCCGGGCCAGCGCGUGAAGCCCGUCGCUGGCAGCAACCCCGAGGAGGCUGCGCUGCGUGCGGAGGCCGAGGCGGGGGAGCGGGCCGCGGCCGAGGGCGGGAAGGCGUCGGAGUUCGGGUUCAAGAAGGCUGUGGAGGCGAAGAAGCCGGCGCCGCGGCAGGGGGAGGCCGGGUGGCGGUGGCCGGGGGGCGAGGUGGUGCCUGUGCACCGCGUGAAGCAGCAGGUCCGCGGGAUGGACGCCGGGGCGGCGUGGGGGGACAGCCGCGUGCACAGGGACCCUGGGAGGCCGACGCACAUCGAGGUCGAGGUCGCGCUGCCAGGGUGCCAGGCGUCGACCAUCGACGUGCACCACGAAACGCGGUUCCUACGCGUCACGGCAGCGGCGCCGCCGCAGGGCGGCGCGCCGGCGAAGCUCGAGCUGUCGCUGCCGUACCCGGUGCACGACGACGAGUCGCGGUCCCGGGCGCGCUGGAUCCGCGACAGGUCGACGCUGCAGCUCACGUUCGAGGUGCUGCCAGCGCCGGCAACAACCACGGCACAGGACGUGUACGAGGGGGCGGGCGGCGCAGCUUUGGUCGAGGAGCUUCCGGGAGGGGAUGAUGCGCCCGCGGAGGACGAAGCUGCGGCGAACGGCGCAGAAGCAACCGACGAACCGCCGCAAGAUGCAUCCGCCAGUAACGGAGACGUCACAGCUCCGAGCGAGAACGCCGCCGCGGCGCCCGCGGCGCCCUUGGCCGCGGAAGAGCCCCAGGACGCGGAGGAGGAAACGUUGACGGAGAACCAGCGGCGUUGGAAGGAGCUGCACGAGCAGCGGGAGGCCGAGGCGCGGGCCAAGGCAAUGGCGGAGGCGCGGGCGGCAGACGAGGCGGCCGCAGCGGCGCGGCAGGCCGCCGGCGGUGCGGACGUCGCGCCGGAGGGUGCCGCGGAGUUCGUGCCGGAGCCGUCGGGGACGUUCCAGGGUCCCCGGGGGGGGUAUGACUUCAAGCUGGGCCCGUCGGGCCUUGGGUACUAUUUGCGGAGGAGCGUGCAGGAGCAGGAGGCCGCCGCGGCCCCUGCGGCUGUGGAGCAGCCCGCUGCGACGGGAGUGCGCCUGGCGCCGCGCAUGAAUCUGGAUGCCGUCAUUGAUGAGCUGGACUGA